AUGAUUGUACACCUCGUGUUCGUUUCGCUGUGCCUUAUUGGCACUGUGUCAACGGUGACUGCAGGUCCCCCUGUUGUCAAGCUGGAUGAAGCUACCGUCAGAGGUUUCACGGAAGGGACGUCAACCUCGUUCCUCGGUAUUCCAUUCGCUCAGCCCCCUGUCGGGAAGCUUCGCUUGCAGCUCCCCCAACCCAUCGCGAAGUACACAGGAGUGAUCAAUGCGACGACAUUCGGGAACCAGUGCAUACAGCAGACGAUCAUCCCACCUACUAUUCCUCCCAAUCUCCCUCCCGCGAUCACACCAUUCGUUGAUGCCAUGGCGACCCCUCUCAGCGUGCCCCAGAGCGAGGACUGUCUGAACAUCAACGUCAUUGUUCCUGCCGGGACUCAGCCUGACGCAAAGCUCCCAGUCGCCGCAUGGAUAUAUGGCGGAGGGUACCAGAUCGGCUCCAACGCGGUGCGGCCUGGUGCGGUUAUAGUGAACAGAUCAAUCGAACUUGGCCAGCCGGUGAUCUUUGUGUCCAUGAAUUAUCGCCUCAGCGCUUUCGGGUUCUUGGGAGGAAGUGAGAUACAAAAGGCAGGAUUGGGUAACCUCGGCCUCCAAGAUCAACGGGAAUCUCUCCGAUGGGUGCAAAAGCACAUAUCCGCAUUUGGAGGGGACCCGACAAAAGUCACCAUCUGGGGAGAGAGCGCAGGAAGCCAGGCGGUGACAUUCCAGAUGAUAACCAACGGUGGCAACACCGAAGGGCUCUUCCGCGCAGGAUGGAUGGAAUCAGGCUCCGCACUCCCCACCGGCGACUUCUCAAAGCUACAGCCAACGUUUGACCUCAUCGUUUCGGAGACUGGAUGCUCGUCUGCUUCAGAUGUCCUAGGGUGCCUCCGUGAGGUUUCCGCGGAAGCUAUGUCAGCCGCGAUGGAUAAGACGCCGGCGUUCUUGUCAUUUCAAUCGCUCAAUACGCCGUGGAUGCCCCAUGCAGAUGGCGUGUUCUUGACAGACGGUCCGCAAAAGCUUGUCCUGGAUGGGAGCGUGGCCGACAUCCCCUUCGUGGUCGGUUCUUGCGAAGAUGAAGGAACGCUGUUUUCCCUUGCCUUGCUCAACAUCACGACCGACGAAGCAGCCGCAGCGUACCUCAAGAGCAACUACUUCCCGAACGCCUCGGAUGCCACUAUUUCACGGCUCCUUGAGCUUUACCCUGCGAGUCCUGCCGCGGGCUCGCCCUUUGGGACCGGGGAUGCGUUCGCAUUCACACCUGAGUUCAAGCGCCUCGCGGCGUUCCAAGGCGACUUCAUCUUCCAGGCUACCCGGCGCUUCCUCCUGAAUCAGCGAGCAGGAAAGCAGGUCGUGAGAUCCUUUUUCAACGAACGUGACAAGAUCACUGGACUCGGAGCGACACAUACGACGGAGCUGCCGAAUGUCUUUGGUGGAGGCGAUAUGACUGACUUCCUCGUCCGCUUCGUCAAUACGCUCGAUCCCAACGGUAACCCAGAGAUCGACUGGCCUGAAUACACUACGGAAUCGCCCCAGCUUCUUGCUUUUGUGGAGGGAGGGAGGAACCUGACAAUUGUUCCUGACACAUUCCGCAAGGAAGGGAUGGACUUUGUGAUGCAGUUGAGUCUUGUGGAGCCCCUUUGA